CACGUUCGGAAAAGAAGCGCGAGGGAGCAUGAAAUGCCUGAAAUGACAAGAGACUGGCUUCACGUCGUAAAUUUACCAAACGUAGGAUUGUUUUUAGCCUUUAUGUCAAGAUGUCGUUGUUGAAGCCGUUUAGUAAGCUGCCCGGGUUGAAGACAGCGAACAUCUUGCUGGUGGAGAGCGAGGAGCAGUUUCAGCAGAGUUUAGCAGACGCCUUGGUGGAGGAGACUGCUGUCACCGUGAAUGUGAGACUAGCUAAGAGUCUUCCUCUGCCCAUGAAGAAUGAUGAGAGCCGUCCAAGGAUAGACCUGGUGGUGUUUAUCAUCAACCUAGCCUCGGAGCUCAGUUUCCAGUCAGCAGAAGCUUCCCUAAAAUAUUUGGACCCUGGAUAUUUUCUCGGAAAAGUCUGCUUCAUGGUCACUAAUGCUCGUAAUGCUUCGGUCCCCACGGAGCGCCUGGACGCUGUCAGAAAGCUGGCUGCAUCUCUGCAUUGCCCCUUGCUGUUUGCAGAGGAUCAGACACCAGAUGGUGUGACCAAUGCUACAGAGAGGCUGCUGACCAUCCUGAAGGUGGCAGCCGGCCUUGUUCCCAUGGCUACCGCUCUCUACCUGUCCAACCUGACUUGCUGCACCGUGCCCCCAGACAUCGACCAGCCGAGCUUCGAUUAGUUCCCGUGGAUCUUUGCUUUUGUCUUGUCUGGCUUUUUCAUGUCUAUAUUUAUGUGUAGUUGUCCACUGUGACUGGACUUUCCAUACUGAUAACACAUUUUGUAUUUUAUUUUCUCUCUUCAUUUUACUCUACAUGUUUGUGCUUUGACUAUAAGCCACUGCAGUUUUCUGUCUUCUCCCUGCAGUCAUCGUUUGUAUUUUCCCAUAAGUGCAGAUCAGCACUACUGGUUUGUGAGAGGUUUUUAACCAUCUGUGGGGUGAGAAUUUGACACGUAAUCACUUGAACUAAAUAGCUAGAACUGAAUACCGCACAAAUAUAUUAUAACUCACCACAAUCAACCUCAUAAACAGUUCUUCCUUUUGUUCCAUGAAGAGCACAGCAGGUCUUUUUCACAGAAGACAUUUUGACAUGUCAAAGCAGAAAAACAGGUGUAAAUAAUAAGAUUAAAUUAGCUGUAGUUGUGACAUCACAACUUUAAGGAAGUCUUAACAGCUUGUUUAAAGGCACAGUUUGUGAAUUCAAACUGUAUGCAUUUCUCUGUAUACAGAGAAAUGCAUACAGCAUCAGAAUACUUUCAAAUUAUUAUGUGGCACUAACCUGCUUUAUAAUAAAUAAAAACAAAACAUGGAAA